CGACAUGGAGAGUGAGAGCAACGAGUGGCAUAUUGUAGAACCCCUAUUCUUUCACGUUGUGAACGAAAAGCUUUUUAUUUUGAAGAAGGAUCUCUGGCAGAUUAAUGAUCUUACUAUGUUGACAGGAGGUGGAUAUUUAUGCUUCUCCGAUAUCAAUUCCCCGCGAUAGGAUCUUCCAUAACAAAAUGGUUUCGAUGACGAUGUAAGCACUGUCGGUGGCGGCUAGUAGGUCCCCUAAACGCGCAUACUGACCGACUUUUGAUCUUCUACGAAAUUUUCUACAUCACUGAAUCAUCUUAUGGUUGUCUUGAAUUUUCCUGUGUGUGCAUUACCACUCAUUUUCAGACGUCAUCCAGACUUAUCCUCGUGUAUGUAAAUGUGAUCAUAACUUUUCAGAAUUACCUAGCCACAGACCCCAGGCGUUAUUAGCCACAGAUAUAACCUUGUAGCGCACAAAGUCAAAGCAGGGAAGGGCCUCUUCAAACAAAGCUCGUGUCAUAGAAGUACGCGCAGGGAGCGCCCCGGCUUUGAAUCAGACAAAACCUAAGCCAGUGUGGUUUUUUUCUUCAUCUUUAGCAAUAGUUAAUAUAUUUCAUCCUAUCACAUUAUCAUUAAUAGGAUUGGAUCGAAACUUUUUUCCAUUUCACCAUCCGCAUCCUCGAUUGUGAUGAUAUCCUUGCUGUUUUUUUCUUGAAGAUGACGAAGACGAGUUUGUUAUAGAAAUUGAUCAACUCCAAGAAUGACAUCAAUCCAGUCAUUCGUUCAAAAAUGUUUUCGCAGACGCAGAGAUUAGGAAUCGUCAACAUUGAAAUCGACAUAUAACUAGUGGAGUAAAAAUGGGUGGUCAUGGCGACGGCCAUGGUGGAGGCUUUGUCUCCAACUUGUUGGAUCCUGUGAGCGGCCCUUUCCACGAUGCCGGGUUGCGAGAGCAGCUCCUUUUCUUGGCACAGUAUGCGACUCUGUUAGUGUCCUCAACAUCAUCUGGAGGCACAGGUUCGGCUUCAGCGGUCGUACCAAAUAGAGGCGGUCGUCGACUUUUCGAUGCGGUUGCGCUGAGCAAGGCCGCUGAGCAUGCGACAGACAAAAUCGGGAUUGCGGUGCGCUGCAUGCGAUGGGGGACAUUCCUACCGGUGGCGCAAGAGUGCUUGCAUGACUGGCGGUUGAUGAAGCAGAUCGAUGUGCUGUUGGCGAAAUUAGACGCUUUCGGACCACACAAGGCUGGAGAGCGAAGUGACGGGAGUCUUUUGACCACACCACCGGUUACUCCUUCCACGGCGUGCUCCACUACGCCGGGUCCAACAUCAUGCACAACGCAGAGCAACAAGCAUAGAGACGCAUCAGAUCAUCUUCACGGACAGGACGAGGAGAACGCUUUGCCCGCCGUCCGCGCAGAGGCUCAGCACACUUUGACAUCGGAAUUUCCGGAACAAGCUGGCAUUUUCAGAAAUGAUCAGGCCUUGUUGGUUUUUACAUUGCGCCGUCUUCGCCAAGUGAUGCUUUGCCGUCUGCUAGCCGGAUUGGGGGAUCUUUUCUGCGUAGUCCUGGAACACGUAAAGUCGCUUCAUGAGCUGAAGCUGCUUCCGCGACACCGACUCCUCACCCACCACAAUAUCGAAAUGAUGGAGGGCAUCUCGGAAUUGGGCGAUCUGGCAUGCUCGGCAUUUUCUGCUGUCGGCUUGCUCUUGCGUUUGUGGCUAAUCAAUCCCGCAAACAUGGAGGUCGUGCGAAACAAGAAUAGUCGGAGAAGAUCAACGAAAAAAAUGUUUUUUGACAAAAAUAUUAUGAGGCACACCUGUGUUUCCAUCUCCGAGGACGAACGCGGUUUAUCUUCACAUCAACAGCUCACGUUGCCUUUGCCAACUAGAAGCCUAGGUGAACAACACAGUGCGAACGAGCCCUCUUCACAAAAUUCUUCUAAGAUAAGUGGUGCGUUGGACGAUGCAGAUGUUGAAAAGCAUUCACUACAACAUCCUGGUACAACUGCGGAAGUAGAAGAGGAGGAACUAGAGAAGAGACAAUUAGCACAGCUUCAAGCGCAGGAGCGUGGCUUGCGACGCUGUCUGCGCAUGGAAAUGGUGAUGCAUUUGCUGUUUCUUCCUACUUGGUGGUACUGGUUUACGGUUUCGUUCCGACCGGCCAAGCCGUUUCCACGCUUACGCGUGGCAGCCAUGUGUGCUGUUGUAGCCCAGAUGCUGCGCCUGUACUUCGAGAGAGAACGAAAAAGGCUGUUGGAUGACGCUGACGUCGCGACGCAUGCGCCUAUUCAGAUUCACGAAUCGUUUCUGGUGCAAUGAUGAAGAUGAGCAUAACACUGGUGCACUCUAGUUAUGCCUAGUACGGUAACAAGACUCCCAUCUUCACGGUUGAUCCGGGAGAACUUUCGAUCGUUACUGGGGUGACACAACAGAUUCGGAUUUUAAACUAGAGACCCGAAGGUAAAAAUCAUGAUCAUGACAAUGCACCAUGUGCAUCUACUAGAUCUACAUCACAAUCAUUUCUGCAUAGAAACAAAGAGUCUUCCUGACGAAAGUCGUUACAUGUGCACUCGAGAGCAUUCCGGGGAAAACACACUAACUAUUACGAGAACGCUAAAUAUUUGUAGAUGUAGUUCAAAAUUGGUAUUGAAUGGGGUGACGAUCCCAUUGUAUAGACCUCAGGGUGACGCACAGCAUGAGUUUUUGGGGAACAAAACAUUGAGUUCAUCAUCUAAUAUUCAUCUUAUUGAUCGGACGCUUUGUAAUCGAUUGGAGAGAAGUAUAAUCUUCUUGAAUUUUUAUCUGCACGACCGCAACAUGCUUUUAUUGACAUUUUAGCAGGCGCCGCAGGCCUUCAUUAGAUUGAAUACCGGUAACCAUACAUCCUGAUCUAUCACGACGGGAGGAAACGACCGACACAUGUCACGCUUGCGGAUAGGAUCCCGACUGGAG